AUGGCGGGAGAGGGCGGCUCGGCGGCGGCGGCGGCGGCGGGUUUGCUGAAUGGCGGGACCGGCGAAGGGCCGGGCGGGAAGCGGGCCCGGUUGGGGUCGGCACCCCACUCUCCCCCUGCCGGGAACCGGGUGACGGUGGUGCUGGGGGCGCAGUGGGGCGACGAGGGCAAAGGGAAGGUGGUCGACCUGCUCAGCCUCGACGCCGACCUGGUCUGCAGGUGCCAGGGUGGCAACAAUGCAGGACACACUGUUGUGGUGGACACGGUGGAAUACAAUUUCCACCUAUUGCCCAGCGGAGUUAUAAAUCACAACGCCACUUCAUUCAUUGGGAACGGGGUUGUAAUCCACCUUCCGGGACUCUUUGAAGAAGCUGAAAAAAACCUAAAAAGAGGAUCAGGGUUGGAAGGCUGGGAAACCCGGACCGUGAUUUCCGAUCGCGCCCACUUGGUGUUUAACUUCCACCAAGCUGUGGACGGGAUCCAGGAGCAGCAGAGGCAACAGCAAGCGGGGAAAAACCUGGGCACCACCAAGAAGGGCAUCGGUCCCGCCUACGCUUCCAAAGCCUCCCGGACCGGCUUGCGCAUUUGUGACCUGUUGGCGGAUUUUAACGAGUUCUCCAAAAAGUUCAAGGCUUUGGCCCAGCACUACAAAGCCAGCUACCCAACACUUAAUAUCAACACGGAAGCUGAGCUGGAGCAGUUAAAGAUCUACGCAGAGAAGAUCCGCCCCCUGGUAAAGGACGGGGUUUAUUUCAUGUACCAAGCUCUGCACGGGCCCCCCAAGAAGAUUCUCGUGGAGGGAGCCAACGCAGCCCUCCUGGACAUCGAUUUUGGUACUUACCCCUUCGUGACCUCCUCCAAUUGCACUGUGGGAGGGGUAUGCACCGGCCUUGGCAUCCCCCCCCAUUACAUCGGCAAGGUGUAUGGCGUGGUGAAGGCCUACACCACCCGUGUCGGCGUGGGGACCUUCCCAACCGAGCAGAACAACGAGAUUGGCGAGACACUCCAAGCACGGGGACGGGAAUUCGGGGUGACCACGGGCCGUAAGCGUCGCUGUGGCUGGCUGGACCUCGUCUUGGUGAAAUACGCUCACAGGAUCAACGGUUUCAGCGCGUAA